AGUUACCACAGUGAAGACCGACAUUUACGUCACCAGUUUUGGCCCUGUUUCAGACACCGACAUGGAGUACACCAUCGAUGUCUUCUUCAGGCAGAGCUGGAAGGAUGAACGGCUGAAGUUUGAGGGACCGAUGAACAUUCUGCGUUUGAACAACCUGAUGGCCAGUAAGAUCUGGACUCCAGACACAUUCUUUCACAACGGGAAGAAAUCUGUCGCACACAACAUGACCAUGCCCAACAAACUGCUGCGGAUCCAAGAUGACGGCACCCUGCUGUACACCAUGAGGUUGACGGUGCAUGCUGAGUGUCCGAUGCAUCUUGAAGAUUUCCCCAUGGACUUCCACUCCUGUCCUCUCAAAUUCGGCAGCUAUGCUUACACAACAACGGAAGUGACAUACACCUGGACAAAGAACGCAUCCAAUUCUGUUGUGGUAGAAGAGGAAAGCUCUAGAUUAAACCAGUAUGACCUGCUGGGACAAACCGUGGGCAACGAAACCAUCAGAUCCAGCACUGGUGAGUACACUGUGAUGACGGCCCACUUCCACCUGAAGAGGAAGAUCGGUUAUUUUGUGAUUCAGACGUACCUGCCAUGCAUCAUGACCGUCAUCCUGUCCCAGGUGUCCUUCUGGCUGAACCGAGAGUCUGUUCCAGCCCGGACUGUUUUUGGUGUGACCACUGUACUGACUAUGACCACUUUGAGUAUCAGCGCCCGUAACUCCCUGCCAAAAGUCGCCUACGCCACAGCUAUGGACUGGUUCAUCGCAGUGUGUUACGCCUUUGUCUUCUCUGCCCUGAUUGAGUUCGCCACCGUCAACUACUUCACCAAGCGGGGCUGGGCUUGGGAUGGCAAGAGUGUGGUCAGUGACAAGCAAAAAAAGGAGAAAGCGUCAGUCAUCAAGCAGAACAACGCCUACGCCGUCGCCGUGGCGAACUACGCCCCCAACAUCACCAAGGACACUGUCCUCCCCACCAUCGCCAAGGGAAGCAUAGCCGAGCAGGGAAAGACCAAAGCUGACGGGAAACCGGCCGAGGCAAAGAAAACCUUCAACAGCGUGAGUAAAAUCGACCGCAUAUCCCGCAUCAUGUUCCCGGUUCUCUUCGGGACAUUCAACCUGGUUUACUGGGCAACGUAUUUGAACAGAGAACCCGUGAUCAAAGACAUGAUGCCCUCUUAUUAGACGGUGUCCAGGGUUGUGACGGAUUCCACUAAGCAGGACUAAAGACUAGGCCAAAACCACCCAGGGACUGAAUAUAAUCACGCUCCGACGCUCUUUCCCAUCUGCUCCACACAGACGUGUCGUGGAUUGUUGCAAGAUGCCUUUCUAUCUCUCUCUAUAUCUCGUCACUCUUUUCUACAGCUUUUUCAGCAGUGCUUUUGAAAUGACAUUUGCCUUUGUACAUAUGUACGUAGUGAAAAUGAAAAUGACGUGUUAUGUUUGUGUUUCGCUCUGUGAGAAUCUGACUUUGGACCUCUAUCUGUGAUAUAGACUAGCAAGUUAUAGUGAUUUAUUUAUUUAUUUGAUGUAAAAGUUCAACCUUUUUGUGAUGGUGCUUGUUUUUGAGUAGCCUAUAAAUAUUUUUUUUUAAUAAGACCAAGCUCUUGUGCUUAUGGUCUGAUAUUUUUUGCUGGGCCCAUACACAAAAAAAAACAUAUGAAAUCAACUGUUUACACACAUUGCUGUAUCUUUACCCUCUGUGAGUUUAUUUUCUUCUAUUGAACCAGGAAUGUUCCUUUAACAGCAUUUUGGAAGAUUUGUUUACUGUCAGUUUUUGACUACAUCCCUUUAUAAAGGUCUCUAAUGCAGCAGCAUGUAUCAGGGUUGUUUGGAAAGCUCAUUCAACCUGAACUUUGAAGUCAAGAAGAAACCGCAAUUGCAUGCCAUAUUACUUCCAUAAUGUGCCCUAUUUUAGAGUAAAAUUACACAACAACAACAACAAAAUGCAAGCUGGGGUUUGAUUUUACCCAUUGGGGAUUUACAGUAUUCCAUUUCAUUUAAAAACAAGCCAACAAGGCUAGAGCUGAAAGCAAAUUGUUGUAUUUUGAUGAAAGAUUAGGAAUACAU